GCUUCGGUGAAUCAUUCUUGCUGACCGGCACAUCAAAUGUACAUGACGAUCGAUGGAAUGCAGGCACGACUUCCCCGUGCCCCCACAACCUUGAUCGCUAUGCUGGACAAGGUCUUUUCGGUCUUCCAGGACGAUCUUGAGUUUCGACUGGUCAUGUUUGCACUGGGUCCACUCCCGGGUCGGAAUUUACAACACAGAAGUUCACAAUAGGCGCUCCUUCCUCGCGCGUUGGGCAGUCACUGCACACAGCAUGUCUAGAUGCACUCUACUCCAAAGCAGAGAAAUACUUCGAAUAUCGGGACAAGCUUGCGACUAUUUCCGCCAAGACACUGUUCAUAGUUGGAGAGGAAGAUCGAAUCUGUCCGCCCUCGCAGUCAAAGGUCAUUGCGGAUCUCAUUCCCAACUAAAGUUUGGUGAUGGUCCCGGGUGCCAACCACUCGGUUCAAGUGCAAAGAAACGAGGUUUUUAUCAAAGCAGCGCGCGAGCUCCUCGAGGAGUAAUGGAACGUUUGAGCAAGACCAUUGUUGAGCUUGAGAAGUGUAUGGAUACCGAAGUUGUCCAAACUGGGAGAUAGCGACCGCUUACACGGCAAGAAUCGCACUACCCACUCGACUCCCAGCGUCACUUGAGCUCGAGGGCCCGAACAGCCGAUCGCCGAGCUUAGAAUAGAGUAUUAGUGAAAUUGGUACCGGCUAUACGAACAGUCCAGGAUCGGGCAGAGGUUCAGUUCUUUGCAGUGGACUGAAACGGACCUCUGCACUUGCAGUUGGCAGCGAGGGAUCACUUGAAAAUUCUGGAAAGUCGGAGAAACUGCUUCAAAAACGUGUUUUUCAUGUGCAACACAAUCAGGGCCCAAGGCCCAGGUUCGAGUUUAUGGAAGAGUUGUGGUGAUAGCAUUAGUCAGCCACCGCGACGCGUUUGUUGUGUUUAUUAUGUCCCAAACAAACACCCCGUUUCUUCCCCUCCCACCAUUAUGGACUUUUUCGGUGGCAAAUACCGGCUAGCCGAAGAAAUUGCAGUCGGCGGAUGUGGCCAGGUCUUCAUGGGCAUUCACACCGUUGCCGGCAAGGAGGUCGCAAUCAAGCUAGAACCUGCAGUCGCCAAGCAUAGUCCGCUGAAGCAAGAAUCGAAGAUAUAUAAGACUCUUAUGGGCGGUACUGGUGUUCCGUGGAUAAUGUGGUCUGGCCGACAAGGAGACUACAACGUCAUGGUCAUUGACCUCCUUGGACCAUCAUUAGAGGACCUCUUCAAGAUGUGCAACCGCCAUUUCUCACUCAAGACAGUCCUACUCCUCACGGACCAGCUGAUCUCGCGAAUCGAAUUCAUACAUACCCAUGGUUUUGUUCACCGUGAUGUGAAGCCUGCAAACUUUGUUAUGGGGACUGCAAAAGCAGCUAGCAUGGUCAAUGUGAUCGAUUUCGGGCUGGCCAAAAAAUUCCGGGACCCUCGGACUUUACUGCACAUCCCCUUCAAGCAGGACGAUUAUCACGGUGUUGGAACUUCGCUCUUUGCGGCGAUCAACACACAUCUCGGUGCUGAAUCGUCACGACGCGAUGACCUUGAGUCGCUUGCCUACAUGCUCAUCUACUUUCUACGAGGAAGUUUGCCCUGGCGGAAAUUGCGAGCGCCAGCAGCCCCUCCUUCUUCUCAGGUUGUGUCGCCAUCCAAUCCCUACAACCCAGUGUCUGUAACUUGGGAUCUCAUUCGCGACGCGAAAUUGGCAGCCGAACCAUUACUCACAUGCGGCCUGCCACCCGAGUUCGAUGUCCUGUACCGAUAUGCCCGUGGCCUCGAGUUUGAUGACCUACCUGAUUACGAGGGCCUCCGCGCCUUGUUCCGUGGUUUAGCCGAGCGCAUGGAUAUCGAAUACGAUGGCGAUUUCGACUGGAGCGUUCCUCCACCUAAAAAUGCUACGCAUUCCAGUCCGAAGGGCCGCUUUUGCGAAGCUUGUCAUCGGCGACAGACGCGGCGCUGAUAUGCAUGGGCGUUGGAUCACUUUCCUCGCUCGCCCUCCCCCGCGCCCAAUCAAGCGUACCCGAUGGCCGGUGGCCGCCUGCCGUCCAUGCGACGCGCCUAGAGCUGCAAAUACGGAUAACCCUGACAUGACAUCGGGCCAUCAUCCCCUCUCGGUUAUCCUUCUCUGAUAUUUCAAGACACAUGACGCUCGAUGGCGCGUCCCCUCCACAAAUGUUUGUCUCUGCUGCUGGCGACCCUCAUUCUUGCUCACGUUUCUGAUAGCAAUCCAUGGUUUCCACUAUUUACGCAUCCCACUCGGUGCCGAUUCUUUGCUAUGACUGUCUACAGUGUAUAUAUCCGCAUUUCGUUGUAGUUUUAAUCACAUGUAUAUGCUCACAGACCCAGGUUGUGUAUUCAAUAAAAUCAGUGCUGUCUUUGCUCUUGUGUCAGUUUAUUGAAUAUCAGUGUUCAAACG